CUGAGGAGCAGUUCUUAUUCAGGUGGAGGUCCGGGGGAUUGAAGAUUUCUUGCAAAGAAAGCACCUUGAAAGACGAGCCUCAGAUUCUCCAGGAAAGAGAAUUUCGUCACCUAAGUAAGCACAAAAAAAUGUUCGAGGUGGAUACACAAAACAUUACUGAGAAUGCAGUCAAUCUUCACAUCACCCUACAACAGAAUACAACGAAGAAUCCGCUCAUCGUUCCAAUGUCGUUAAAAGCUACGGUGAUAUCAGAGGGAGGAGCUUGUUCACCAUCAACGAUAGCGACAUCAUCCUCAUCGGCUGGCAAUCAUCCUGCAGAAGUCAUACAUUCUGGUUCUACCUCUGAAACAAGAAUGAAAUCUCAUCCUGAAGAGACCCAUUAUUAUCAAGAGAGCGUGAAUAAAGAACGUCACAAGGAAUCUGAAGUCUCUGCUGAUGCAACUUCAGAGGAUGUCACUAUGUCCCAGGAUGAGAAGAGGGAGCAGAAUAAGCAAAAUAAAACUCAAACCCAAGCUGCAGAAAGCGAUGAGGGUCAUACUGAUGAAAAAUAUGACUUGAUUCAAAUUGAGAAGCAUGGCAUUACUGUCAGAAUUUCCAAAUAUGAAAUCUACAGUGCAAAGGACAUCACUGUGGAAGUGAUUGAAGAGGUCCCACCUGAGAUAAAGCUGAAGGAGACAGAAGCCAUCAUUUCGGUUGGAUUGAAGAUGUCGCCUUCUGACGCAAUAUUUGACAGUCCUGUAAGAGUAACAAUGCCCCACUGUGGUGCAUUUACAAAGCCUACUGAUGCAGAAGUUUACAUCUAUUAUCGCAAGAACGAUUCUACUAAGUUUACAGCGAUUCUAUCCACCAGCACGAGUAUCCCAAAGUGUGUUAUGAGAGAUAGCGAUCUAGAUAUCUACCUGGAACACUUCUCAGAAUUCUGGAUUACUGCUACAAUAAGCAUGAUAUCAAGGAUAUUUAUUGGGAAACGUGUUAUUUGUACACCAAUCAUUCCUGUACCAGCACCUAGAAAUCUCAUGCCCGUUGUGUGGGUCAAUGUCAGGGACCAAAACAAUGCAGAAGGACAGAUUCCAAAAGAAUAUAAGGCCCCGAUUCCCGAGGAGCAGUUCUUAUUCAGGUGGAGGUCCGGGGGAUUGAAGAUUUCUUGCAAAGAAAGCACCUUGAAAGACGAGCCUCAGAUCCUCCAGGAAAGAGAAUUUCGUCACCUAAGUAAGCACAAAAAAAUGUUCGAGGUGGAUACACAAAACAUUACUGAGAAUGCAGUCAAACUACACAUCACCCUACAACAGAAUACAACGAAGAAUACGCUCAUCGUUCCAAUGUCGUUAAAAGCUACGGUGAUAUCAGAGGGAGGAGCUUGUUCACCAUCAACGAUAGCGACAUCAUCCUCAUCGGCUGGCAAUCAUCCUGCAGAAGUCAUACAUUCUGGUUCUACCUCUGAAACAAGAGCACCAAGGGAAGAGUCUGAGAAUGAGUUCGAUGACAUUCUGAGGGAAAUUGCUGAGCAGGUCAACAAGAGACAGGAUGUCGAUAAUCUUGGCAGAAAACUGAAAUUUCAUCCAUCAAAAAUAGGACCAUACUUAGAGAAUAACAGUAAUGCAUCAUACAUGGGCACGCUAGAGAUGCUUCGUGGUUGGAGGAAUAGAACCAAGAAAUCAGAAGAACGCGAAUGCUUGAGGCAAGCCCUUAUUAAAAUCAAGUACAUUCGUUUGGCUGACGAGCUUCUGCCUGAGUGCCCGGGGGGAGGGGCACUCGACCAAAAAAGUGGUAGGGGUGUGCCGCGGGCGAGACAAAAAAAAGAGAAGGGUCCUCGGAAUAGGUUUCGGAUCUGCAAAUGUUUGUGAAAACGGGGGUCCUUGGAACGGAUCGCCAUCGUGUGAGUGCGUAUACAUCCCUAUUAUAUAGAACGGGCAUGCGUGCAUGAUGCAGCUAGCGCGGCCUUCGCCGGGUGCGCUCGGGCAGAGGCGAUGGUCGGACAGCGCUCUGCGGCCGCUUUUCACCAAAAUUGCAGCUCAUUGUAGCAGAUCAAUGCGACCGGAACGGCGUAACGAAAAAUAUGCGAAACUUUGGAGCGGAUUUCUUUCUUCUUUUUCCCAAUAAGACAGAAAUGCUAUGCCUUGGAACGGAAAUUUGAGUGUAAAAAUGGGGGUCCCUCUGCGGCACAUACCCACUAUGCAUUAAAUACCGAGUGUUGAUAAUCAAAAGUGAUUCUACCGAAAAAGCAAGUAAUAAAAAAUUCUUUGUCCCAAAUGUACUGAUUUAUUGGAAUUAUCGUUAUAUAGUAGCAAAUCUAAAAGCCAAUAAUUUCCACAAAACUCUCAAACUGUAGAUUCAGCGUCAAAUCAUCUGGAUUCCUACAUAUUUAAUGGUUUCUAUGCCAAACAGAUGAUAUUUCAAGAUGUACAUGGUGGUUAAGAGAUGAUAGAAGAGCCGUUCGGUUUACCAAGUGAAUUAAAAAGGACUGUUUGGACGGUGGAAUGAAGAUGGAAGAGAUUUAGGCACUCAAGAAAUAAACAUAUAUAGUUAAAACAUUUGGAUUAUCGACGACACAAGAUUGUGAACAGCUUUUUGCAUUAAUUUAACGCUAAAACCGUCGGCGUUGAAUCCACCCGCCCUCUCGACAUUUUCGGCGACUAUUCCGCGCUCGAUGACCUUUUACUUAAACGUCUUGUGCAUCUUUUGAGACCAAAUUUACGAUGAAAAUGAAAAAUGAACCUCAUAUUUUUUGUUCGAAAGAGACAUGGAAUGAAAUACUCCUAAAAUUUGCCCAAUUGAUAGUGGGCCCAACAGUCGCUGUACGACGCCAGAUCGACGAGGCUCUGUCCCUGAAAUGUUGAACACCAAACAGGGUCAUGAGGGUAGGAGCAACUCCCUCCUUUUAAAGGUAUUUGCUAACAUUGAUUUGACUUUUAAAAAAAUCUGAGCUGCGAGGUCCCACUUGUCACCUGCACCUGUGAUAUGUUACAAAAGUGAAGCCCAGCAAAAAUCGCGUCUGAAAAUCAUUAUUAAGUGCUUCAAAAAAAGUGAAAUAUAAAGUGACCGGAAAUACCAUCUUAAUUUCAUCCAUACACUUAUGUGUUAUAUUAUUAUCGGCACGAUAGAAAUUACACAUCACCAUCAAUUAUAACGUAUAUCAAAGGGAUUUCUUUCGAUCUUUUUGUUUGAGAGUUUUUAGGUUGACAGAAAGGCAUUCAUGUACAUAUUUCAUCACUCCUUUGAUAUUUUUUUAAAUUACAUGUUUACAACGUAAGCAUAUGCCUUCAAUGUAUUUUGGUCUGAAAUCCCGGGUGUGAGACGGAUGCUUUACCCGGCGCUCUACCAACUGAUGAUGCCAUCAGUUGGUUUUACUAACUGAAUGAGGCCAUGUCUGAUUUAUAUACGAUGUUACUUAUUCGUAAUGUUAUAUGGUUUUUGUAUUAAAUUCAUAAUUAUGUGAAAUAUGUAAAAUAAAAUAAAAUAAAAUCAACUGAGCCAACACAGCGGUCUAUGCCCGGAUAUGCGGUUGAAAAUAUAUUUAGUUUGCAUUAUUUAAGAACGCACGUAAAAUAAUUUUCCAGUAAUUUUGUAUUCAGAACAUUAUUGUGUAUGUAUGAUUAUGCUGACGUAUACGAAAUAAAGUAUUUCCCAAUACAUCGCAACUGAAUAUUUUAUUGUAUCUAUGUACUUUGAGUAAUAAGUGAACAUUGACAAUGUGGUAACCAAAUUUUAUUUUUAUUCAGAUUGUCUAAACUAUUUCGCCCAAUCAUCGAUGAUACAAGAUCCUGAAUAUUUUUUGUCAUUAAUUUUAAAGAUUUUAGAGCAAAUAUUAGGUCCACCAUUCAACCUUGGACGUGAUCAUUAUAUUGUAUACCCAGAGAAGUGUGUUGUAUUUGCUUUAUGUUGCAAGAAGCCGAAAUAAUAAAAAAUCAGCAAAUGUGUAGAUAUAGGUGUAAAUGAAAUGAAAUUUUCACUAUGUAAUAUGUAUAGUUGUGCUCAUACUAUUGUAAUAUGUAUAGUUGUGCUCAGAGGUCAGUGAAACCCUCCAGAAAGUCAACAUAUUAAAAGUUCUGCAAUGUAGCUUUGAAGUCAGGUGAUACAAUAUUGCAUUCAAUAAACAUGAUAAAGUUUGUUCCUAUUUGGGCUCCCCAAACAUUGUAAUAUCAUCUAUAUUCAGCACUCUGUAUGAAGGAGUGUGUUUCAUGGUGGGGAUCGCUAACUUCAGAACACAACUGUGGGUUUCAAUUAUUGGGUAUCUCCACUGAGUAUGAGGUUAAAUCAAGUAUUGCUAUAUCCAAAAAUGUACAUAAUUCUUAUUUCGCAAUAUUAAGGCGUUUUUAUUUUGCUGUUCCAAUGUACAAAAAGACACCAGCAUGACAUGUUAUUUUCUUCAUUGUAGGUGUUACUUAUUGAUAUAUAAUGUCAAUCAAAUUGUAUAAGGAGAUAUAUCUUAGUAUAUUGAGAGUGAGGUUCCGAUGGAGGUGCUGUGGCCGAGUGGUCUAAGGGGCCUGACUAUACUCAGGAAAGUCCGGGGUUCGAUCCCCGGUCCCAGCACCUAUGCCUGUGAGCAAGGCAUUUAAUCGACGGUACUCUUUUGUCCUUCAUUCAAAUAAAUGGGAAUGCUUUAUGCAUUCUUGAUUGAUAUGUGUGCACUGUUUUGAUACUGAUAUCCUUCCAUCAUAUAUCUAAGUUUUCUCUAUCAUGAAGCCAAUUUACACGAAUAUAUAUUUUGUGUAAAUGAUAAUUAUCCAUACUAUGCUAGGUUUGUCUUUGGAAUUGAUAUGUCUGCACUUUUUUAUACUGAUAUCCUUCCAGCAGAUAUCAUUUUUUUUACAUCGCGAUUUACACGAAGAUAUUUUUUUGUGGAAAUGGUAAUGAAGUGCCUGUUCUAUGCCAAGUUUUUCUUAGAAAUUAAUGCUUUAUGUAUAUUAACUAAAGAGGAUAUUCGUUGUUUUAUCAUGGAUACGUUAUAAUUACGAUUAUAUUGCAGCGAAUGAAGAUAUUAUUAGUGUAAUUUGAAUUACGUAGUUUAAUAGCUCAUAUAGGACCCAAUAAGAUGUUACUUAACAAAAAAAAGAACAAUGACAAUACUCAGAAAUGUAUGAAGUUUAUUAUUUUUGGGGU